AUGCAGUCUGAAAUACUUAAAGAAAACGAUGUGAAUAAAAUUAUCCUAAAUCUAAUGGAAACAAAAAAAAAACAAGUCUUACCUUCCCCAAAAAAUAAUAAAAAACAAAAUUUAAAUAAAAAUGAUGUUAAAAGUACUAUUGAAGCUUUUUUCAAAGAACAAGAGCAAAUCUACAAGGCAGAAGAAAGCCUUACGAUCAAAUGUUUAGAAACUGAAAUAAGAGAUAAAGAAAAGGAACUUAAUGAAUAUUAUACUUAUUGCCAAAAUUAUAAACAAACAUAUAAAAAUAAUUUCAAUAAUAUUGUUAAACAAACAGAGGAAAUAAAAAAAGAACUUAAAGAUAUGCAUAUCGAAUAUAUAGAUAGUAAAAUACUUUUAGAAAAUAAAAGAAAAAUCGAAUUAGAGUCUAUGCUAAAUUUUUAUAAAGACAAAUUAUUAGACAUUAAAAAUCAAUGGGAAAAUAAAACAUUUUGUGAUGAAAAUAUAAAAAAUAUUGUUUAUGAUAUAUUGGGAGUAAUAGAUUAG